UUGGACCUGAACGAGUACAACACGUCAGAGGAGGGACGACGGAGACUGAUCCCAGCUGUGAGGAACUGCAGGAAGUUUCGACUUUAUGGCCAUGAAUUAUUUCACGGUUACCUCUCUGAUUCUGACUGUGAAGUGAUCUCCUCAGCUCUGAAGUCUGACCCCUCCCAUCUGAAACAUCUGGACCUGAGUGAAAACAAAUUGGAGGAUUCAUCAGUGAAGAUUCUGUGUUCUGGACUGGAGAGUCCAAACUGUCAACUGGAGACUCUGAGGUUGGAGAACUGCUGGAUGUCAGAGAUGAGCUGUUCGUCUCUGGUCUCAGCUCUGAAGUCCAACCCCUCCCUCCUGAAACAUCUGGACCUGAGUCGGAACCAUCUGCAGGAUUCAGCAGUUGAGCAGCUGUGUGGUUUUCUGCAGAGUCCACUCUGUCGUCUGCAGACUCUGAGGUUGUUGAACUGCAAUUUGUCAGACAUCAGCUCUUCUUCUGUGGUCUCAGCUCUGAUGUCCAACCCCUCCCUCCUGAAGCAUCUGGAACAUCUGGACCUGAGCUGGAACCCUCUGCAAGAUUCAGCAGUUUCUCAGCUGUGUGGUUUUCUGGAGAGUCCACUCUGUCGUCUGCAGACUCUGAGUUUGGAGAAAUGCAGUUUGUCAGAGAUCAGCUGUUCUUCUGUGAUCUCAGCUCUGAGGUUCAACCCCUCCCUCUUGGAACAUCUGGAACAUCUGGACCUCGGUUGGAACCCUCUGCAGGAUUCAGGAAUUGAGCAGCUGUGUGGUUUUCUGGAGAGUCCACUCUGUCGUCUGCAGACUCUGGAGUUGUUUAACUGCAGGAGCUCGACCUGCGUUUAA